AUGCAGCCAUCGACACUAUGCAAUGCGCCAUUGCAUCUUGCACGCGCACUUGGGCAUCCACACAGUGCUCUCACUCGUGUACCUCGCGCUUGCAUAGUCUCGAAAUGGCUCCAGUCUCGCAAGAUCACCACCGGACGACGAUCACUCCAGCAAGAAGCUAUACCGCUUCGCAAACACCUGAAGGAUGAAGCGAAACGGAAGAAGGCAGAGGCUAGGAUCAAUGGCGACAAUAUAUCCAACAAAAGGCAAAGGACAGACCCGAGACUAGAGAAAUGGGAGCUCACUGUGGGUAUCGAGAUACAUGCUGAGCUGAACACUGCCUGUAAAUUAUUCUCCUCUGCAUCCGCGGAGCCUUACGAUCAGCAACAUGCGACCACUCCGAAUAGUAGAGUGGCACUGUUCGAUGCUGCCAUGCCAGGAACACAGCCUCAAUUCCAGGUCGCGACUCUGCUUCCAGCUGUACGAGCAGCCAUCGCGCUAGGCUGUGAUGUUCAGCACAAGAGCGGCUGGGACCGAAAGCAUUACUUUCAUUGGGAUCAGCCGAAUGGAUAUCAAAUCACGCAGUACUACAAAGCUUUUGCUAAGGACGGCUCUCUAACUCUACGUGCUUCCGAUGGCGUGCCUGCUGGAGAUCUGAAUGGUGCAGACAGUCUAGUCAUUGGCAUCAAGCAGAUCCAGAUGGAGCAGGAUACAGCAAAGACAACGAAUGUCGGGAGCUCCGCUUAUCAUAUCGAUCUGAAUCGGGCAGGCAUGCCACUCAUCGAGAUCAUAACAUUGCCGCAUAUUCACAGUCCCCAAACGGCUGCAGCUGUUGUGCGCAAAAUACAAGCCGUUCUCAGGUCUGUGGAUGCGUGCGUUACUGGCAUGGAAUUGGGAGGAUUGCGAGCAGAUGUGAACGUCUCCGUGCGGCAGAGAGGUACGGACGGGACGGGUGCGAGUUAUAGUGGUGUGAGUGGUCUUGGCCAACGUACAGAGAUCAAGAACCUAUCCUCGUUCAAGGCUGUCGAAGACGCUAUUGUGGCGGAGCGCGACCGUCAGAUCAGUGUCCUGGAAGCCGGUGACGUGAUUGAAGGCGAGACCCGCGGCUGGACUCUGGGUGCCACGGAGACGACCCGCUUACGUGGCAAAGAGGGCGAGGUAGACUACAGAUACAUGCCUGAUGCUGAUCUGCCUCCUUUGGUUAUCGGCAGAGACCUUGUUCAGCAUCUCACUCAAACACUGCCCACCCUACCAGAUGCAAUGGAGGUCGAGUUGCAGGAGAUAUAUGGUCUCAGCUUGAAGGACGCCAAGACGAUGAUCGACGUUGACGAAGGCGAUCGUGUGGACUUCUUCGAGACUGCAGUAGAACACGUGCUAUCGAGUGAUGAUGAGGCUUCGGAUUCAGAUGUGGCUGCGAACAAGCGGAAGGUUGGAAAAAUGGUUGGCAACUGGAUUCUACAUGAACUUGGUGGUCUCUUGACGACGCAGGAACGUAGUUGGGACGAUGUUCGUGUCACACCCAAGAAGAUGUCCGACAUCAUUGUCUUGCUACAGGGCAAAGAGAUCACUAUGCGAGUGGCCAAGCAACUUCUCACCGAAGUUUUCGAACAGGAGCCAUGCUCCGAGCCAGUGCCAACGAUCGAACAGCUAGUCGACGCUGGCAACCUACGUCUGCGACCAUUGACCCAAAGGGGCUAUGAAGAGCUCGCACAAUCAAUCGUGGACGCAAGUCCUGACAUGGUGAAAGCUGUUCGUGAGAAGGGCCAGAAAGGCAAGAUCAUGUGGUUCGUUGGCCAGAUGGUGCGCACGGGUGAUGAGGGCACUGUGGAGCCGGAGAAAGCCAAGGAAGUCCUCGAGCGCUUGAUGGCCAGAAAUGGAGCACCCUGA